ACUUUACGCAAGCAGUGCAAUGCAAUGCAGCCGCUAUGUGUACGAUAUAUAUAGGAACAAGAAACACAACGCAUUUCAAACUGCUCCCCGUGCAUUUGUUUCCUGAUAUUUCCCCAUGGCCGCUUUCUUAAGCACUCUCUCCUACGAGAGCACCGCAGUGCAAGAACACGUAGGAACGGACCGACACACAGAAAUCCGCCUGUGCGCGUUGCCACCACCGAGGCGCUGGAGAGGGAGAAGGCCUGUGAAGCUCCAGUGUCUCCAUGGCAACCGCUAAGGAAACAGCAUGGCGACUGAGGACAAGGAAGCCGCUGCAGCGGGUAAGGGCAAAGCCUCCGGGAGGCUGAGGAAAAGCAGCUGGCUGAUUCUCUCGGCCUUUAUCCCCUGUGCUAUCCUUAGGCUUUGUCUUGCGGAGUAGUAGUGAAGCCCAGAAAACACAGGCUGGGCGGGCGGGUCGGAGCCCCGCUGGGUCUACGCGCACGCCUGUCUCCCUCCCACCCUGCAAGAUGGCACGUUCAUCUUCAACAUGGCAGAAGAAUUCAGCAGGAUGCCUUUUGAGAACAGCCCCAAAAUGUGGGUGUUGCAGAACUGCCUGAAUGCGAAACUUGCUUCACAUCCCGCGCUGGAAAUAUUCGCCCGCUGACUUCACACUGUCACACGCAAUUUCUUCAGCUCUUUAACUGCUUGACGUACAUAUUUCCCAUAUUUCACAGAAUCGUAAGAGUUUGAAGGGACCUCCCCACAAGAUCAUCUUAUCCAACCCAUGGCAACCCAGGAAUCUUUUCCCCAACACGGGCACAACUGUGAGAUUAAGAGUCUCAUUCCCUCCCAACUGAGCUAUCCCAUAUAGUUUUAUUUUGCAUAACGAAAUCAUCAGUAUUAAAAAUAUAAUGUAAUUUUUAUAAGCAGGGCACAAUUCAGUUUGCUGGGGAAACCCAGUCAGAUGGGGUGGGGCAUAAAUAAUAAAUAUUAUUACUUAUGUCAGAGGCGUUACACAUUAAUUCACAUUUAUCUGUACAGUCAUACUUUGGGAUAAAUGUGCUUCAAGUUAAGUAUUUUUGGGUUGCACUCUGUGGUGACUCGGAAGUAACGGAGAGCAUUUCGCCGUGCGCGCAUGCGCAGACGGUUAAAAUGACAUCACACACAUGCGUGGAAGCGGUGAAACGCAGCCCGUGUUCGCUUCAGGAUGCGAACGGGGCUCCGGAAUGGAUCCCGUUCGCAUCCCGAGGUACCACUGUAUGCAAUAGAUAGAUGCCCUUUUUGGACAGUCGUGUCACAUAUUACAUUUCUCCAGGGCUGAAAGUAGCUAUAUGUUUUGCCCAGCAUAACAACAGUGUAUUCCUAUCUGCCCCAGCUGCAACAAAACAUGUCUCUCCCAUAUCAGUCUCUACAGCCACAGGAGGUGCUGUAACUCUCCAGUGGUUUGACUUUACCCUCAAAGGUGCACUCUUCCAUUUUCUCCUGAGACAGAUACCUACCGAAAUCUACAUUAGCAUGUGUGACUUGGUGGGCUAUAAAUUCUUUUUUGUCGGUUAGUAGGUUUAGUGGGUAUAUUUGUAUAGCAAAAAUAAAAUACACUGGGUUAGGCUAUGGGCGUAGCCAGGCUGAAAGUUGCAGAGGGGAGCGCAGGACCUCAGUUAAGUAUUUUUAUUGAUUUACUUGAUUGGGGGGGGAGCUGCCCCUUGCCCCCCCCCCUUGUCCAAGCCUAACUUGGGUUAGGCUCAAGUUGUAAAUCCCAUUGAUUUAUAUAAGAUUUAAAUUUAAGUGCUUAAUUGCCAUUUAUUUAAAAGGUGUAUAAACAUGCAUACAUACGGUAAUCUUCUCUAAAUUCCCUAUCUGAAAUAGGUGCCCUAUAUAGCUGAUUAACAGAGUGUGUGCAUGGUAGUGAUUUACCUUGUUUGGUGUUAUAACUUCUUAGCUGAAAACUUUAAAUAUUAGGAGGAUGGGAAAUUUCCACACUUCUCCCUGGCAAUUAUUUAAUAUUUCAGAAGACUUCAGGAAUGAUCUAGUCUUCUGUUGGAUAUUGCCAAUAAAAAAGCUGAACACAAGAAAGAUAAAAGCUUUUUUUCCUCAAAGAGGAAGAGUUUAUAUAAAUUGAUUUGAUGACUGGUUCUCAGAAAUGUGGUAAACAGCAUUUCCCUAAAAGCUCACUUUCAGAAUUAUAUGAUACACAAGUCUUGGUCCUACUUUUUAUUCUGUGAGCCGAUGCUCCUGUAUAAAUUAGAAAUUUCAGUAGAUGUUCUUUGUCUCUCUCUGAGCAAUAACAGUCACAGUAUUGACUAAUAAUUAAUCUUCAGGGUAUUGUCAUGCACAGUUUCCAAGAGCUUUCAAGGUUAAAGCAUCUCUUGAGUCUUAUUACCUUGAAAUAUUCUUUGUAUGUCAUUUUGAUCAAGGUUUUGAUAUACAAAACAUUUUGUCUGCAAUAAUCUCCUUGAACUCAGUGAGACUGCUGAUAAGUUAGUACUCUUUUAAUUGUGGAAAUAUUCUCAUAGACAUAUGAUGAAUGGGCUCAACCAUGAGCCAUUUCAUCAGUUGUCAUGUUUAUUAUGCUCUCAGUUGCAAUGUUUAAGGCAAUGACUAUUAUUAGGCAUAUAACAUACCUUUUUUUUUUUUUUACUUCAGAAAGGUAAAAUGGCUUUUGUGACAUGUAAAGUAAGGUUUCUCUAACUAGGGUUGCCAUAUUCUGAAGAGCAAAAAAGAGGACACAUUUGCGGACUUCUACUUUUAACAAUGGGGACGCGGGUGGCGCUGUGGGUUAAAUCACAGAGCCUAAGACUUGCUGAUCAGAAGGUUGGCUGUUCGAAUCCCUGCGAUGGGGUGAGCUCCCAUUGCUUGGUCCCUGCUCCUGCCAACCCAGCAGUUCGAAAGCACAUCAAAGUGCAAGUAGAUAAAUAGGUAUCGCUCCGGCAGGAAGAUAAACGCCGUUUCCGUGCGCUGCUCUGGUUCGCCAGAAGCGGCUUAGUCAUGCUGGCCACAUGACCCGGAAGCUGUACGCCAGCUCCCUCGGCCAAUAAAGCGAGAUGAGCACCGCAACCCCAGAGUCGGUCACAACUGGACCUAAGGGUCAGGGGUCCCUUUACCUUACUUUUAACAAUGGAUCGCUAUGACGACUCUCAUUUUACAUACCCAUAAAAAAGAGGACAUGUCCUGGAAAAAGAGGACAUAUGGUGACUUGCCCCUGUUGAUAGUGCACAAGCAGUAUCAGUCCAUGGUGUAGAAACUUGAACUGGGUCACAAAGUUGUCUUAUGAACAUUGCCAGGCAUGGCUAUAUCCUUGCAUCCAAUACUGCAUUUAUUUGCCUUGUUGGUUACUGGCAGAAAUAUCCAAAAGUACAUAUAUUUGCUUCCAUGGGUGGUCCAUUUCGAUCAAAUGAAAUUGCAUUUGCAAGUAAAAGUAGUGCAAGUUUUUUGCAGUUCAUACAUUUUUGUUAGUUUGGACUGAAAUCCUGUAUUCCUAACUAUUCUCAUGUUAGUUCUGCUGAGUUUAGUAGCAGUUCCUUCACUGUAAGUGUGCUUAUGAAUGCUUUAGGGUCAUUGCUUUGCCUCAAGAGCCCAGUGCACCAUGGAAACAGGAGUUGCUCCACCUCAAGAGGUUGCUGUGCUGUGAAGACAGGAGUAAACUAAGAAAUCUGAGUCCUGAGCUGUUGGGAAUGCUGUUCCACAGAACAGAGGCAACCACACUAAAAGCCCUACUCUGAGUUACUGCAGAGCGGUUUCUGAGAUGUAUGAAACUUGCAGGAGAAACUCUCCCAAGGAUUGCAGUGAUCUGCUGAGGGUAUAAUGCCAUCUCUCAAGUAACCUGAUCCUGAGCUGUAUAGGGCCUUAUAGGCUAGUGCCAACACCUUGAACUUGGACCAGUAGCAAAUUGGCAGCCAUUGCAAAUCCUACAAGCAGAGUGUAGUUUGUGCCCAAAUGAACCUACUGUAGCCACUGCUGCAGCCUCUGGACCAACACCAAGAGUCGGCUCACAUAGAGUGAAUUUACUAUGCUAUGAGCACCCUGUGAUCCCUGAAAGCAUAUGCUACAAUGCAUUUGCUAAAUUUGAAAGCUGCCACAAGAUUCUUUGUUGGUUUUGCUGCAACAGAUGGACAUGGCUACCAUUCUGGAAGUCCUUAUUCUGAAAAUUAACAUAGAAGAAGAAUACAACAUGGUCUGUCACAUUUCAGAGUUAAGUUAGAUUCCCCCCCCAUCAGCUGUCUGGUUUAUUCUCUUUACCAGUUGGGGUACUGUCAUUAUUAUUAUCCAAGCUAAACAAUGUUUCCAUGCACUCUGGCACUCGUCAUGGUGUCCCAUUGUGCCAGAAGCAGUUUAGUCAUGCUGGCCGCAUGACCUGGAAAACUAACUGUGGACAAACACUGGCACCCUCAGCCUGAAGCGUCCAGGGGUCUUUUACCUUAUGCAAGGGAAUAGCAUAAAAACUACUGAGUACUGUUGAGAACAGUCAGAAAAGCUGAUCUGAAAAUUCCUGCCUUCCCUAUCCUCAAAGAGAUGGAACCAAUAUAACUUACUAAGAGUCACCUAAAAUUUCCCAAAUAUCUGGGACCACUGCUGAUAAUAUUUUAUUAGGGUUGCAACCUAUGUGAAUUAAUGCAAUUUGCAUAGUUUAUACCAUGACAAAUAAUCACGUUAAAUUAAAACUCAUUAUAAAGCUACCAUUUAAUUAUCAAGUUUAAAAUGCUGUGAAUAAAAGGUCUAUAGUUCUGGAAGUAAGUAUGAAUAAUUUCACCGCUUACUAUCAAGCUAAAAAACCACACACAUCGUAGCCAAAAAAUAAAUAAAUUAAGAAAAAAUGUAUAUAGAAUAUACAAUGUUCUUUAUUGCAAGGAAAUGAACAAAUAAUAAAUGUAUAAACACUACUAUUAAAUUCUUAGGCCAGUUCUAAUAUGCUGUGUUACAGUAUUAGCCAAAUGCAGUAUUAGCCAAAUUCAUCUUAAUCAGUAUUCCAGUGUAUUCUCAAAAACACAACUGUUCAACAGGCUUUGACUUCUAGCAUAUAACCACUUAAAGAAAAUGGACAAAACACUCCGAACCUUCCUUGUACAAAGAUGUCCUCAAUCAGCAGUAAGGGUGCAAUCCUAACCCCACUUACCUGAAUUCAAGUUCCACUGAAUUCAACAAGACCUGCUUCUGAGUAGACCUCAUUAGCAUGGUGCUGUAAAUUAUCCUUCACUGUAACUUGCAAUAGAGUAGCUAGUGCUAGUACUACUCCGAACAGAUCCAUUAACAUUAAUAGACAUGGCUAACUUAGGUUCAUUAAUUUCACUGGGUCUCUUCUGAGUAGAACUUAGUUGGGUACAAUCCAGUGUCAACCUAUCCUGGUUAAUUAGUAUAUUCAGCACCCUCAUCAUGAAAAAUUAUUUAUAUCAAAAUCUUCAGUAAGUAUGCAUGCAGAUCUUUUAUGCCUUUAGACCUAAAAUGCAUUUUAAUAAAUGAAUGAAUAGCUGGUGUGUAGGUAACUGGAUGUGGUCUGUGGUGUGACAGACACCAGUUGCCAUGGUUUGAUCUGAAUCAGCUAUGGGGAUGUGCUAUUUUCCACUGUGAGGACGGCUCCCAUAACUACCAAUGGGAGCUUGCCUUCCACUGCAAAUAGCUGAUGGAGCAGGGGACGGACUCUGGUUCUGCUUGGGACUGUGGCGGGGCAAAUGUUUAAAACCCCCAAACAUCAAUGCCCAGAUUUUUUAUUUUUUUAAAAAUCAUGCUUUCCAGGGUUAGAGAUGUGAAAAUGCAUUUAGUUUAGCCCUAAGAUGACUAGGAUGAGGGAGGCAACAUCUUUCCGAAAUGUCAUUACCAAUUGGAGUUUUUCAGAAAUGAUUAAAGGGACACAUUCAAAGAAAGCGGAUUGAGAAAUUUCAAUUACAUUUCACCGACUUUCUGUUUUACUUGAUAUACUGCCUUCACACAAAGGAAAUUGUUUUCAGAGCAGCUCACAACACACAAAGUAAACAAACAAAACUUAUAAAUAAUAUGUUUUGCUAAAUGCCUUAUCUGAUAAAGAAUUACUGAGAACUCAGAAGAUUCCUCACUGUUUUAUGACACUUUGGUUGGUUAUAAGAAAGAUCUUGUCAUACUGUGGACAAGAGAAAUUAUAUAUAUACAGUAUAACACAUUCAUUAUUGUUUCAUUUUGCAGAGUCUGCAAUAACUGAAAUCCAUAAGAAGAUCACUGAGGCUUUUGAGGUGUUUGACCAUGAGUGUAAUAAAACUGUGGAUGUCAGGUCUGGAAGAUCUUCUUUCAGAACUAUUACAAUGUAACAGUGUUUUAGAGUGCAAGAAACCAGAGUUGGUGUAUAUUGGUGGAACCUCAGGUUAAGAACUUAAUUCAUUCUGGAGGUCCGUUCCUAAGCUGAAACUGUUCUUAACCUGAGGUACCACUUUAGCUAAUGGGGCCUCCCGCUGUCUCCGCGCUGCCGCUGCGUGAUUUCUGUUCUUAUCCUGAAGCAAAGUUCUUAAUCUGAGGUACUAUUUUUGGGUUAGCGGAGUCUGUAACCUGAAGCAUCUGUAACCUGAAGCGCCUGAGGUACCACUGUGCAUUUGCCUCAGGGCUUGUGAAUUAGCCUCACUCCUUUUGAGGCAGCAGCAGCUGCCAUUGACACUGCCUUGCCAGCACUCCGGGGAAGCUCCCGAACUAUACAGUGGCUUUUAGGGGGCAAUGAGUGGAUGGAGGUGGGGACUAGGCAGCUGGUAGUUUCCCUUUGCCUUAUCUGAAGUACUCUUGGAAUACUGGCAUCAGCACAAACUUAAAGGCAUUUGUAAAGUGUUUCGGAGGCAAGGAUGACGGAACUGUAUAGGAUGCCUUUUUAGCUAUUUCAGUUUCUAGAAAGGUUAGCCACAGCAAAAGCUACAGCAUUAGAGUCUUGUGGUACCUUAAAGAUGAAAAUAAUAUUUAUUAUGGCAUUAUAAUAAAUAGUUCAUAAAUUGCCAAAAGACUCUUAGACUGUUUUUUAGCGGUUGUCUCCUACAACAGCAACUUAAUUGGGUUAUAGCAUCAUCCUGUAGAAUUGUUUUGUUUCCAUACAGACAUGCAAAGAAAAAAAAAGGAUUACUGUAUCUUCUUUAAUUUUCUUUGAAGGAUACGCAUGCCCAAAAUCUUGUAACACUUUCUCAAUAAGCACAGUUCCUUGAUUUCAUCUUUAAUUUUUUUAUUAAAGAGAGCUGCUGGUACAUGUUUAAUUAGCCACUAGGCUUGUAUCUUUGGUCUCAAGAGCACCGACUAAAUUUGAAGUAAUUUUAGGUAUCUAGUCACUGUAGAAUGGGAGGUAUUGGUUUGUUACUAUGUUAUGUAUUUUUGUGUUUUUAUAUUGUAAACCACCCUGGGAUCAUUGGAUGAAGGGUGGUAUAGAAAUUUAAUAAACAAACAAACAAUAAACAGACAAACACACAGACAAACAAAAUAUGUUCAUGCAAGGGAAGUUUCCUGUCCUCUUCUUCCUCCUGCAGCUGUCUGUGCCUCCUAAAAAUCCUCUCUGGAGGAUCAGGAGUCAGAACCUGCCAUGAACUGGUUGGACAGAGAAGAAUGGUGGGAGGAGCCAGCUGGGAAACCACCAGGGGAAGAAGGCUCAGAGCCCAGGGAGUGGUGGUGGGACAACAAUGAGUGAUUAGAGGGAAAAGAGAAGGUGUCAGAAGCUGAAGAGGUAACAGGGCUUAGUGAGCUGGGAGACAGUGGCAGAGAGAAGUCCAGAAACAGAGGCAGAAGCUAAAGCAGGUGAGUGGGAGGAGGGAGGUCAAGAAACAGAGAUGAGUCAGGCUGGUGAUGAGUCACUGGUGUGUCUUCUGUUGAGACAAGCUCCCCUCCCCACUGACUCCUAGAGCCAGAAAAGGCAUGAAGAAGGAGGAGCAGAUGCAGACAAGGAGGUGCAGUCUCUGAUUGCUUGGGAAAAGCCUGGAGAAAAGGGAACAUAGAAGGCUGAGGGGAGGUGGGGACCUUUAGUCUAGACAACUGAUAUCAUGGGGUAAGGCCUACCGAACUGCUGCACUCAUUAGGCCUGACACAAAUCCAAGUCUGUAAAGAUCAUGUUUUUGCUAAUAAAGCGUUAACUCCAAUGUUGAAUGGUGUGAUAUUCUGGCCAGCUUCUAAGCAAUGUAAGUAGGGUAUGUUUAGGUAGGGUAUGGGGAGCUGCUGGGUAAAAGAGGAAUUGCCCACAACUGUAGCUGCUAAAGAUUUGUUUUGCACUGUAGAUUUAUUAACAAAUACAUUCUUUCUUUCAGGGAGAUUGGUACAAUCAUUAGGUCAUUAGGAUGCUGCCCAAGUGAAGGGGAUCUACAUGAUAUGAUUGCAGAGGUACUUUAUGUGUUUUUUAAGUUCUGUCAUUUUAUACAGGAAAUCUGAUCUCUCUUCCUAAAUGAACAAAAGUUAGAAAUACCAUAUGGAGGAACUGCUUUUAUACCCAUACCUAAAGUGCAUCAUUUGUGCACAGUUCAGAGCCCUCCAUGAAUGUGAGAGCAAAAAAACUGAGGCAGGGAACCUUAUCUGUGGUGGAAACCCUUGCAAGAAUUAAAAUUCUGCAGGGACAGGACUUAGCUGUGCACCCUCACUCUCCUUGCACCUUUGUUUAUACCUGACAAGACCAAAUGCCCAGAUAGGGCUAAUGACUUUAACCUCAGGACUGUCUAAUCAAAUCCCCCCUUUGUAAUAAAUACCAGUUUUCAGGAAAUACUCAACUGUGAAAUUGAUGAAGUAAAAUAAUGGCUUGGUAAUGCUACAGGCUACUGUAUAAAAAAUGAAUGCAGUCAAUAGGUCUUAGAAGUAUAACUUUACUUUUGUGGAUAAAGCACUUCUGUAACAAUUCCUUAACUAGAGGUCUGUUCUACACAUUGCCACUAGACUUCCUCUGUUCUUUUCUGAUCUUGACUAUGAAUGGUAUCCUGUUCUUCAUGGAUGGUUUCCUUCUUCCAAGAGAAAUAACUGCUUCAGUGUAAACAAUUUCAUAUAAUAACAUUUUAUUCUUUCAAAAAUUCUGUUUUGAAGGAGCAGUGUUUUGCACAAAUGUACUGUUACCACUAGAGGACAAUGCUGAGUUACUGAAAAUGCCCACUGUUGCUUGUCUCGUGUAGUCUUGGGAGUAUUAUGAUAAUGAACAAAUUGGAUGUCAACAAACAAUAUGUUUAAAACAACAAACUUUAACCUAUGUAAUUGUUAGAAUCAUCUUAGUAUCCUUGUUAGAAUCUUAAUUUUCAUCAUCAUCAUCAUCAUCACUUUUAAUUUGUAUACCGUAUUUCUAUUUUACAAUACCCAAAGUGAUUUACAAGCUGAAGAAACAAAGAAUGUACACCUUAUAACAAUCUAAUCCAAUACAAAAAUGUGAUAAUAAAACAUAACUUUAAAAUAAGCAACUUAUAUCAAAUAAAGUAAUAUUCAGCAAUCCAUUAGAAUAGUAUAGAAUAAUAUUAAAUAUCAGCAUAUAAAAAUUAAACAGAAAUCCGCUCUUAACAAUUGUAAGAAAAAGAUUCUAAACUAUAAUCAAUAAAACAAUGGCAAGUCACAGUGCAUAAAAUAAUAUAAUACAAAUUGAGAAGCAGAGACUGGAGGGUGGGGCAAGGCAGGUGGAAGAAGGCCAGGCAGUAAUAAGAACACAUCCUAUUAAUGCUCAGUGAUUCUCCCAGCAUGUUUUCAAACUGAGAUAGGAUUGUCUGCCAAUACAAAGUGUAUUUAGCGUAUUUUAUUUAGUGUAUUUUAUUGAGUCAUUAUAUUUUGCUAUAUAAAAUUUCUAUUUAAGAGUCUGCUCUGGUAUAAUGUGGAGACCAAUCUCCCAUGACUUUCCUAACAUAGAAAAGCAAAGUGGCAUCAGAUAGCUUUCUGCACUGUAAUAUAUCACUGGUGUCAGCUGACCCAGGUAUUAGGUAAGUAAAAUCUAUCUAUAACUGGCCUCUCAUAGUAUAAUUUGUGCUAACGUGUAGGCUGCCUGCUAAUGGUUGCAAAUCUAGCGGGAGUUGAAAUACUGUAUCGAGGAACUACAAGCACUAUUCUGAAGUUAUUUGGGGACCAGGUUGUAAUUCAAUUGCAGAGUGCAUGCUUUGCAUACAAAAGAUUCAGAGUUCAAGACCUGCCAGGUAUAGCUAAGAAAGCCCUCAUUCUGAAACUUUGGGGAGUUGUUUCCAAUCAGCGUAGAUAAACCAAUGGUCUGACUCUUUGUAAAUCGGCUUCCUUUGUUCCUAUGCUGACAUCAGAGAAACCCCAAACUCCUUUUUUUAAUAUUGGUGCAAGGUAGUUUAAAGGGGACGUGUUUGUGGUACAUUCUGCAGGCAUUCUGCUCCUCCUGUUUUGAGCAUCCACUGAUUCAGACUUUCACCAUACACUCCCACCCUGAUUAUGCCCAUGCAGAUGCAUACUCUGGGCCCUGUGUCUGAGCACUCUGCUUUGUGUGAAGGCAUUCUGUAUGUGGCCAGUGUCACUGAUCAGCGAGCAAGGAGAGGAAUGGGGACUGGUCUGAUGUAUCCUCUCUGCUCUCCACAUCUGAGUGCUCUUUGCUGCAGAUGUCCUAUUCUCAGCAUCAGUCCGUGGAUUCAAUGCAUCCAUGUGAAGGAUAUUUGCCUUUCUAUUAUUAUUAUGUUUGCAAAUAUCUACUAGCUUAAACUUGAGCAAACUCGUUUUCUUUUCAGUUUGUCUGUAUUUCAUCUUGCUCAUGUAUUCUUAUUUUUAGGUAGAAGAAGAAGAACCAACUGGGUUUAUUCGUUUGGAAAAAUUUCUUCCCAUGAUGACAAGAGUAUUGACGGAAAGAAGGUGAUUUAAAAAAGGACCUGUUUAUAUAACUUGAGUCAUGCAUAUAUUUAUAUAGCAUGGGCUAUUGGGUUGUGGUUUUUAUGUUUAUUACGUAUUUUGUGGUUUUAUAUCUUGAUUUUAUUCUGUGAACCACCCUGAGGCCCCCGGGUGUAGGGCGGUAUAUAAAUUCUAUUAAUAAUAAUAAUAAUAAUCACACACACACACAUCUAAUUUUAUUCAAGGUUCUUUUAUAAGCUGUACAGACAAAAUCUGUUUUAAAGUAUAAGCUUCACUGUGAAAAAAAUAUAAUAGAUUUGUUUUUAAAACUGGGCAUGUCGAUUCUACUAUUCUUCCACUGUCUUGACUUCAUUGUGUAUGUCUUUCUAGAGACUUUCUCUUAAAUAAAAUGGUAACAAAUUCCAUGGCAAGAUAUGCUGAGAACAAAAAUUGGCAUGGAUAAUGACUUUACCUAAUUAGCAGUACAAAGUAAGCAUCAUCAUAAGUAAUUCAUAGACCUCUGCUUAGAGGUCUUUCUCAGAGCCCAGAUUGCAACAACAAACGAUACUCUUCUUAAAAGAGAAGAGCAAGGCAAUGGUGGUGCAGCAGCAAAGAGACUGGGGCACAACUGAGAUACAUAACACCACUAAGUAUUCUUUUAAUUGAAUCAUUUCAGGUACCGCCCAAUUCCAGAAGAUAUUCUUUUACGUGCAUUUGAGGUCUGUAUCAAUUAAAUUCUACUUACGGAGGAAAAUACUACUUAAACCAAGAGAAGGAAGAGUAACACUUUAUAUUCUAUUCUUUUUAGGUUUUAGACCAGAAUAAAUGUGGACAUCUUACUAAAGAUGAGCUGGUCAAGUACAUGACUGAAGAAGGUAUAUUUACAAGAUGCUUUUGCUGUUCUGAAGUGCAGACUCCACAGCUAUAUGUGGUCAGCUCCCACCUCUGCCUCUGAUAGUGCAGGAACCCGGAAAAAGGCCUCUGAGAAGGGCCCAGGUUUGGAGGGGACCCCAAUUUUGGGGGUUCGUAGUUAAUUUUACUUUCUGAGAAUGAUCUUAAUAAUCAGGCAGGUUCAUGUGGGGGAAGGUGGCCCUAAAGACGCUUGAAUCGCUAGCCAUUAAAAGUGAAAACCAGCACUUUGAAUUGUGCUAAGAAGUUACCAAGUUCAUCUGUUAUAUGAUUAUGUGUGUAUGCAAUGAAAGAAAAAGUACCCAGGUCUGUCCUUUAUUCUUGGUGUGAUUGAAAAAACUUACGGUAAAUAGCAAGAAUGCUUGAGAAGGCUGAGCAGUAAUAAAUAAAUAAAACGAUAGCCAUUUGCAAAUAUUCCUGUUUUUGCUGCAGGUGAGCCUUUCACUCAAGAAGAAAUGGAGGAAAUGCUGUCUGCUGCUGUGGAUCCAGAAACAAAUAAUGUUCGCUACAAAGACUACAUCUCAAUGAUGGUUGUGGAUGAAAACUAAGCACUUCUUGUGUAACUCAUAUAGGUCUGACCCUUUUGCUUGGUGCUUGUUGAUUAACAUCAUUGGAGUUGUUCUGUAUUUGCCAUGAGAUUGCAGCAGAGGCUUAUGUUGAAAUAAUUUAUCUAUGAAAAUAUUAUCCUUUUAUAUACUUAGUAAAAUACAGAAGUUGUAAAAAGAUAGUUUUCAAAUGUUUGGAUAAGAAAAUAAGAAAACUUCAGAUUAUGCAGAGGAAGCACGAACCACUGGGUCCAGCAGAAUUUAUUCCCAGGUAACUUAUAGGAUCCCAGCCAAAAACUACAGUAUGAAGUAUUAUCAUUAUUAUUUAUUGAAUUUAUAUACCGCCCUAUACCUGGAGGUGUGAGGGCAGUUCACAGAAAACACGUACUAGGGAGGAAGUCCCAUGAAACAUAGCAAAACUCACUUCCAAGUAAACAUGCAUAGGUUACAGAACAAAACAAUGAGGGGCAACAUAUUAUUAUUAUUAAUUGAAUUAUUAGUCUUUUAAAAAUGAAAAAUAGAAAUAAUUUCAUGAAUAAAUUCAGAUGUAGACAAAACUAGGAAGAGUUGUGCUUCAAGUAAAUAAGUUAUGAUAUAACUAACAUUUUGAAGGCAAAACUAUUAGAGAUCAGUUCAUAUUUAACAUUGAUCCUUAUAUUUUGGUCUGCAUAGAUGUGAACUUACCAAAUGUUUUGAUUUAUAGCAAAACUCUCUAAAACUAUAUGACUUUGAUCUGACUUCAUUAAGGAAGUUAUGCAAACUAGUCAAACAGUCUAGUUGUUUGUUGAGACUUGAAAUCUGUGGAGGAGCUGUUAUUGAAAGGAUUUUCUGUAACUAAAAGCAGAGCACUGGUGAAGGCUCUUGACUUGGGAACACUCUUUCCCCAUUGUUCCUAGAAAAUAAGUUUGUUGACUUCCAGGUAUGCUGUAAUGCUUCUCUGUUUAUUCAAGGUAUUACUUCCCCCUCCAUCCUAGGGGUCUAGUUUGCAUUUAAGAAGAUUCUGCUGACUAAAUUGUGUUUGUGGUGGUGAAACUCUCUUCAGAGGUUUGCAGCAUCACAAUUUCCUGUUGAUUCUCCUUAAUAGCUAUCUUGGAGUAGGCCAGGGAGGCCUGGUUAAGAGUAAGGCGGCAGUGUGCUUAAACCUUUCUACAAACACACUUGGAGAUAUAGCCCUGCCCCAGAGAGAGCAAAUAAAAGACAAAGCAGGGGAUAAGAUGUGCAUGAUCACAAGGCCUCUCUGUAGGAUGGAUUUAAAGGAAGUAGAUGUGAAAAACUUAAGAGCAAGUGAGACGUUGGGCCAACCCAUGUGAAAGACACUGGAAUCAUGAAAUUAUGAGUUACUUGGAAAGCUCCUACCAUGAAAGCAAAUGCAGGUUUUGAAUAUUUUUUAGAAGAAAUAUUAUAUGUUAAUUCACGUCUACUUGCAUUAUCAUGGUAAAAGUAACUUGGAGGCAAGAUGGAACUCCUCCUCUCCGCUAGGAGGAGCACAGAGAGAAGAACGUCAUGGUGCACCUGUAGCAAUGAAAACCAGAUGCCUUCACCUGCCCCACCUACUACAAAACAUGUCUCUCCUGCGUUGGUCUCUACAGCCACAGCAGGUGCUGUGACUCUCCAAAGACUUGACUUUACCCCCAAAGGCACACUCUUCCAUUGUCUCCCGAGUUAGAAAGAUGCCAACAACAACCAGAUGGAACCCUUUUGGAAUGGCACAGCUGCCAGUUGUCCAAGAUACAAUAGCCCAAUGACAUUUUAUGGAACCAUCCCCUUAUGUAGGAGCCAAACCACUGCAACCUAGUGACUCCUACAGAACGUAUCCUGAGGAUACUACCCAUCAAUGGUAUCCAAAGUCACAAGUCAAGAAUAAGCAACAGGGCCACACUCUCCCUGCCUUCUCCUAAUAAAAGCCAUCCAUCAAGGUGACCAAGGGCAAUUUGGUCCCACAGCCAGGCCUGAACCCAGACUAGAAUGUGUUCAGAUAAUCCAUUUCCUCCAAAAGUACUUGCAAAUGAACAGCUACCAUCCUGCUGAGCACAUUCCCCCACCCUGGGGAUAUUUUGCAGCAAGCCUCCAGAGCUGGCUUUUAAAGGCCCAGUUGCACUACUGCUUCUAUAUGGGAAAUAAGUAGAACCUCUUCAUGUAAAGAUGUGUUCAUCACAUCAGACUCCUCCAGCUCACUUGAAUUAACUGACAAGCAAGCACUAAGAAGGGAGGCAAUUGCCCAGGCAGCCAUAAGCACCUUGAGUCCUCAGGACUCAAAAGCUGAAACAGAUCCCAUAACAUCAGACAUGCUGGACAUUUCCGUUGCAUCUGUCUCAACUAUGGUGUUUAAAUUUGCACAGAAGCAAGCCACUUUAUCCACAAAAUGCCUCACAAAUUUUUCUUAGCAGGCACCACCGAAGAAGAAGAAGAAGAAGAAGAAGAAGAAGAAGAAGAAGAAGAGUUUGGAUUUCAUAUCCCGCUUUAUCACUACCCUAAGGAGUCUCAAAGCAGCUAACAAUCUCCUUUCCCUUCCUCCCCCACAACAAACACUCUGUGAGGUGAGUGAGGCUGAGAGAAUUCAGAGAUGUGUGACUGGCCCAAGGUCACCCAGCAGCUGCAUGUGGAGGAGCGGGGAAGCGAACCCGGUUCACCAGAUUACGAGUCCACCGCUCUUAACCACUACACCAUGCUGGCUCCGGACUCCCCAUUCGGUGAGGCAGAUAUUAAUAAACCCCACACCACUUGGAAAAGCACUGCUGGGCAGUUAAUUGAGGAUGUAAUGAAGGUGAAAAAGCACAAUUUAUUUGCUGCCCUCAACACCAUACAGUAGGCACAGUCAUGCACUCUAAAGUCAGCUUGGUCACCUUCCCAACAAAUUUUGUGCCAUAUUGCUGCAGUUGUCAUCUAGCCUGUUUCCUCAUCCAGAGUACCGCAGGGAAACCAAGGAGCAGCAUGGGCAUCAGCGUUGCUGAGGACUCCUAGGAGGAAUCAUGUUGAUUGCCCUCUGCAUCUCACCAUUGCACGGUGAGCCUGGGGCCUCAACAGAAUUGCCAGUUCUGUUCACCAGAAUUUUGCCAGCUAUGACUUAUAAUGUCUCUGCAGCAUUGGGACCGGGCAACAAUUGCCAAGAAGCAGCGAGGGUCCUGAAUUUUACAAACUGACUUUAACUAACCAGCUAAUUCUUUGCAAACUGGGUUCUAGUUCCGCAUGUAUUCACGUAUUUAACUAAUUUGUUUCUAAUUACACAUAUUUUACCCACGUGUCUAGCAUGAGAUAAUAUGAUUAGCCUUUUAAAAAAGCAUUAUAAUAACUACAUUUCAUUCUUAGGCUGUAGUGGCCGACUAUAGAAAGAAGUCCAAAGUUAAUUAUUUACAUUUUUUCUAGAGCCUGGGUGAAUAAUACUACCUAAUCCUGGUAUCUGUUACUGCUUAAACUACUCUGAAAUCUCUUCUAGGGACUCUUAUCUCAAGACAGUAAAUCAGAUUUCUCACACUAUGCAAAUAAUUCAGUUGCAAUACAGGGCAAUCCAAUAUAUUGUGGAGCCUUCAUAACCUCUGUUUGUUCUCAUAGAGUGGAAUCAAGGUUGUGUAAUAGCCAAGACAGGUGUAUGGUGCCCAAAUUUUGAACAGUGGCCUCUUAUUUUUAGUUACAAAAUGCUGUUCCUUUACACAGAUCUUGAGAACAUUAACUUGCCAUUUGCAUCUAAGACUAUGAAUGAACCAUUAUCAGAGACUAGUUUUAUAGACUUGUUUCUUCUAGAACCUCUAAUUAAGGCAUGUGAAAUAAUUAAGAUUGUUGCCUUCUGUAUCAGUAAUUUCUUCUACAAUUAAAUUUUCACUUAUGUUUUUAAUAACUUCCUUCCCUGCUUACAAUGCUAAUGACUAAUUAGCCCCAGAUUCGUUUCGUUUCAGUGCAAUAAACAAGUAAUGCCACAGUUUAUUAUUUUUUUCUAAUAAAGAGCAGAAGUGAAGCACCCCUGAAUGCAAUGAGUAAAUGCAAAUAAAGUCUGAAUAGCCUAAAAUGUAAUGAGAAAAACUGAUUUGGACUUGUCUUUUGAAUUGCAAACGCUCUGCUUCUGAGAGUCGGUUUAGCUUAGCAGUUAAAGGACCAUGUAGGAGCCAGGAAGUACAUGGUUAAAAUCUCAGUUCAGCAUGAGCAAACUGGGUGGCCUUAGGCCAGUAAGUUUGCCAUCCCAAGCCCUGUCCCCAUGUUCACUCUCUAAUCAGGGGAUAAUACAGACCAAUUUUACAGGGAGGACACUGGGCCCAACUAGAUGAUCUGAUGGUGGCAGCCUCAUCUCUUACACAAUUGGGUUGGCACAAUAUUAAGUAAAACAUAGAAGAUUUAAAAGGCCACAUAGGCUGAAACCUCCUCCCACUGUACUCUCACAUUCAGAAGCAUUUCCUCCCAGCCAUUUUUCUCCCUGUGAGGCAACAUAACAACUGCUUGGAGUUGGGUGGAUGGGAAGCAUGUGCAAAGGAAGGGUUCGGUUCUUUGCUUCUUCUGGUCAUGCUAGGUAAAGGUAAAGGUACCGUUGAUAGGCCCAGUCACAGACGACUCUGGGGUUGCGCGCUCAUCUCGCUCUAUAGGUCAAGGGAGCCAGCGUUUGUCUGCAGACAGCUUCCAGGUCAUGUGGCCAGCAUGACUAAGCUGCUUCUGGCGAAACCAGAGCAGUGCACGGAAUGCCGUUUACCUUUCCGUCGGAGUGGUACCUAUUUAUCUACUUGCACUUGAUGUGCUUUCAAACUGCUAGGUGAGCAGGAGCAGGGACCGAACAAUGGGAGCUCACGGCAUCGCGGGGAUUCAAGCUGCCAAUCUUCUAAUCAGCAAGCCCUAUGCUCUGUGGUUUAGACCACAAUUUCUUUCCCCUUAGAAUCAUAGAACUCCUCUUAGUCUCCUCUUUAACAGGCUAAACAGACCCAAUUCCCCAAAAGGCUUGGUUUCCAAACCCUUUAUUGCCUUGGUCACCCUCCUCUGCACACAUUCCAGAUUGUCAAUAUCCUUAAAUUGUGGCUCCCAGAAGUGUGACACAGUACUCCAGGUGCAGUCUGACCAAGGCAGAAUAGGGUGGUACUAUUACUUCUCUUGACCUAGACAUUAU